AUGUUCGCAGCGGCAAAAAACCUUGGCCAAGGAGCUGAUGGCAUGGGAGACCUGCUGACGCGGCUCCGCGCCCGAGAGAAGGCUCGCCAUGGUGCACAGGUGCAGGUGGUAGAGAGGACUACUUCUGUAGCAUACGUCGAACGGAGAUGGAUUCAAUGGAUGAAAGUGGCGCACACAUUCGAGGCAGCGUGUGCGAAGAAAGACGUGGACUCUUCCGGCCUACCAAUCAUGACUGCCGCAGCGCUUCGUCAGGUGGCAAUAGACGAUGAAGGGUACGAGACGCCAGAGCUGAACGACCGCCUCUACCUCCACUUCAAGGGGUAUCGCAAGAUUCAAAACCUGGAGCCGUACACAAGCUUGAAGGCGCUGUGGUUGGGAGGGAACGGUAUAUCAGAAAUACAGGGGAUCGGUCACUUGAGUCAGCUGCGGUGCCUGUACCUCGAGCGCAAUCUCAUCUCCACCAUCAAGGGCCUGGAGGGGCUAGAAAGUCUGGUGCAGCUGGACCUGAGCCAAAACCGCAUCGAGUCCGCGCUCGGGCUUUCGUGCCUCCCCUCGCUGCACACGCUCAACCUCUCCAAGAACUCCCUGGGGGACGCCGCCGCGGUGUCCCCCCUGUCGGAAUGCCCGUCGCUCACCAACCUCGACGUCACCGGCAACCGGCUGGCGGGACCCGGAGUUCUCGACGUGAGCGUUUCAGAGAUGUACGCAUAUACGCAUAUCAAAGUGCUGUCCGCUCUGAAGGGCCUGGUGUCCCUCAGCCUGUCCGGCAACCCCAUCCUCGCCGAGACCGCCCACUUCAGGAAAACCGUCAUCACCGCCUCCCCGAAACUAAGGUACCAGGAGGAGAAGCGUAACGAAGACCGCAGACAGAUGCAAGUCUUCAGGGACUGGCAGGCGGAAAUGAGGCAGAAGAAGCUGGCGGAAAUCGAGGCUCGCGCAGCUGCCGGGCUUGGCCCGCUGGAGCCUACGCCGGAAGAGGUGCUCCGCGAGGCGGAAAGAGAGGGCAAGGCAAAGGCCGAUGCGGAGGAGGACAAGCGCCUCAUCAAGGAGGUCGGACUGUGCGGAAUCGCUGACGCUUUCUACGCUGCCGAGGGCAACAAGAACAACAACGCCUCCCACGGUUCCCGCCGCGAUGUCAUUGAGUUUCUAGCCGGCGCUGCAGCUUCAUCCGCCGGGGCGGAAGGGCCCCUCCCAGAACCACCGUCCACCGUCGGAGGAGGAGCAUCGAGCAUGUCUACCUCCACAACCAGCGAGACCGGCGACUGCAACGGCGGCAGCGACCCGAAUUUCUCAGGAACAGGUAGAGCAGGAAGCCGGGGGGGGGAUGACGGGGGAGGGGAUCGUAAAUCAGACAGCAGCUUUGACGACGAAGAGGAGGGGAAAGGAAGGGGGGGAGACGACGAGCGUCAGAAAGACCGCGACGACGACGACAAAGACGACCACAAGGAAGACAGCGAAGAGGGAAAGCUACCAAAAACAGACGGCGAGGAGAAGGACGAGGAGGAGGACGAGGAGGAGGACGAAGAAGAGAUCCGCCGUGUGCGGGUAGCCCAAUCUCUAGCCAUGUACCGGUCCCAGCUCGCGGCGGAACGUCGUCUAGAAGAGAGGAACCUCUACGGGGGGCACAAAGAGAAAACACCCGGGACUUGCGCCUGGUCGCCUCACGGCAGCCCUUCCCGCCACCGCGGCGGUGGUGCGGUUGCCGGGGGCUUUCAGCGCAGGUUGGAGGAAGCCUCCGCGGAGGUUUCGGCGGAGGCGGCUGCCUCGCCGCAGAUCGUAACGGCCACCAGCGGACCACGAGGAAAUCCGGCAGAAAACACGCAGCAGCCACAACGUCACCGUGGAGAACAGGUGCCUUUUCCAGGCGCAACAGAGGGAUCCGGUAUGUGCGAUCCCGGUGGAGGUGUUGGUGGGGGUUGGAGUGGCGGCCGGCAGUGGACCGCGUCGAAGGACCGGGCACUGGCGCGCCUCGUGCGCGGAUGUGAGUUCGACUUCGACCUGGUGGCAGCGCGCUUCUCCUCUGCUAUCGCCAGUGGCGAUCGUUGUGGUGAAGAAGAAGCGGUUACCGCGGAAGAGUGCCGGGUUCGGUUUGCCCGCUUCGACCGCGAAGAGGAAGGCAAUGCGGGCGAUGACAUGGGGGGCGGAAGCGAAGGUUACAACCACAACGCCGUUCCGGACCUUGACGCUAUCCCUGCCCCCGGAGUGAUCGAGAACGCGGGCCUAUCGUUCGCAGAUCUCGAGAGGAAGGCCAGGAACAUGAAGUCCAGGUAUAACAGCAUAUUGAUUUCCCCAGAUUGGCCAUUCCUGCCUCAAACUGUUGCAGGGCGGUUCGGCCUCGCGCGGUUUCUCGAGCCACCGAAGGACCUACCCUCAACACGCGACGGGGACGAUCGUCUUGACGGCGACGAUGAUGCCAAAGAUGGUGACGCUGAUUAUGGUGAUGAUGGUCGCGACUUGAUCACGAACAACAAGAAAAGAACGACCACCAAUAUCCCCAGAAGUAGCGACGCGGACGGCUGUGCCCGAAAAGACUAUGCCAUCCGUGACGAUGGCGCUCGGGUUGGGGCAACGAAGGAGCCGGUCCUGCUUGUCAUCAACGACCCCGGCACAGCUAACGCUGACGGCGGACGUGGCAAUUUCGACAGCAAUCGUUCCAGUGACAGUGGCUCCGAUGGAGAAGACGACGAGGUACCGACUCGAGCGCAAAUCAAGGGCAUGGCGAAAAGGACGCAUCCAUCAAAUAGCCCGACGCUGCCCGGCGGAGGGCGGGCGAUUUGAGAAACGAACGACGAAAGAGCACGAACGCGCAUAGCCGGCACGUUUGUGCAAAUCCACAGCGGCAUGAACGGAGAUGGCGUCAUUACUUUCGGGUACCCUGUUCGUUUCGAAGGGAUACUGUAUGGCUUCGAAUUCUGGUGCAUGCCGUCUGGGCGGAGCCGACACCCCGGUGGGCAAACAAAUUGACGGGGUACAGCCAAAAAUUUUCGCUGUCUCUUGGUCAUGAGUUCACUCAAGGUUUGUCCCAGACCUCGGUCGGCCGUCGCUAUCUUCUGUGUUCGGGGGGAAAUAGAAAAACCGAGCGUAAAAGGUACGGCGAGAGCUACCGAUAUCCUCUCGAUGAAAGAGCGUGAGGCCGACAAGACUUGAGCGAGAGAAACUCCUCCCACGCAUGAGCAGCCGCGACUCAAAAGCGUAUGGGAUGUGGGAGCGCGCUGCAGCGAGGCUUUGCUCGCCUUAUAUACCGCAGCUUAGAUGUC